AUGUCUAUCCGUUCGCUACUCAGCUUCGGCUUGUUGGCCGCUCCUUUGGUCGCCGGUCUGCCUGCUGCAGACCACAAGUCAAUUUCAUGCAGCACCAGCACCAGCACCUCCCACUCGACUUCUCACUCGUCCUCCCACUCGUCUUCCCACUCAUCCUCCCACUCCUCGACCCAGACUUCGUCACACAGCUCUGCCACUUCUGCUGUCGUCACCACCACCACCAGCUCUGCUUCUAACACCGUUCAGACCACGACUUUGUUGGCAACAGCCACUGGUAGAAAAGGCUUGAACGACUACGCAAAGAAGGCCGGCAAAGUGUAUUUCGGUACAGCUGCAGAUAUCCCUGGUACUAACGAGACCACCGACAAAUACUACCGUGCAGAACUUGCCAACAGAGAUGAUUGGGGACAAGUCACACCUGCCAAUGCCAUGAAAUGCCACAACUUGAACUGGUACAACCAGCUUCCCGAGUGGCUCACUUCGGGCUCAUGGACAAACGAGACCUUGACCAAGGUUCUUCAGAACCAUGUCACCAACCUUGUCAAGCACUUUGGAGACCGUUGUUACGCUUGGGAUGUCGUCAACGAGGCCCUGAGCGACAGUGGCACCACCGGCAGCCUGGCCGACAACACCACCUGGAGAUCAGAUAUCUGGUACAACACCAUCGGUCCCGGUUAUGUUGCUAUCGCUUUCAAGGCCGCAGAAGAAGCUGUCAAGGCCAACGGGCUCAGCGUCAAGCUCUACUACAACGACUACAACAUCGAGAGUGCCGGUCCUAAGUCCACUGCCGCACAGGCACUUGUCAAGAGUCUCAAGGAUGCAGGAAUCCAGAUUGACGGUGUCGGUCUGCAAUCUCACUUCAUUGUUGGAGAGACUCCCUCCAAGGCCGCUCAGAUGGCCAACAUGCAGGCAUUUGCCGCGCUCAAUGUUGAUGUAGCCAUCACCGAGCUUGAUAUCCGUACCACCACACCUCCUACCGCUGCAGCUCAGCAACAGCAGGUCGUUGACUAUGCCAGCUCUGUUGGUGCAUGCGCAGACGUGGAUGCUUGUGUCGGCAUCACUGCUUGGGACUUUGACGAUACUUACAGCUGGAUCCCUUCGACUUUCCCUGGUCAAGGAUAUGGUGACCUUUUCUUCCAGCCUGGAGGAUACAACACUCCACUCGUCCGCAAGGCAGCCUACGAUGGUUGCAUUCAG